GCGAAACCAUUUGAACUUGAACAUUUGGAGUGUCCAGGGGUUUGCAGACCAUUGGGGCAUAGAAGGCAUCUCGAAAAGAACUCAGAGGCACGGAGACCGUGAAGUCUGCAUCGCGGGGGCUCAUCAGCUUCCAGCAUUCCCAGCCAUCGAAGUCCACAGUGGAGUGGAUGCUCCCUGGGCACCUGAGAAGGUUCAGGAGGAAUCCACGGUCACACUUUAUGCCUUAUAAGUCAUUCUACCUGGAAAGAUGAACAGAAUGAGAAAUGUCAUAGAUCGCAAGCAAAACUAUUCCCGGAUUAGUCAUCAGUGACUCAGAAUUGUGCAACUGAGAAGCUGGCCUGAACUAUAAACGUUUCUCAGCAGGCUCGCGGCAAAGCUGGCCAUCCCUCGGGCACAGUUGGAAGGAACCGGGCAAUGUCUCUGUAUUGUAGAACAUUUUUUAGGAGGAAAUCUUUUGGGUGCUAUAGGCUGCUAUCAACCUAUGUCACUAAGGCACGAUACUUAUUUGAACUGAAGGAAGAUGAAGAGGCCUGCAGGAAGGCUCAGCAGACAGGAGUGUUUUACCUCUUUCAUGACCUGGAUCCUUUCCUCCAGGCAUCAGGACAUCGAUAUCUGGUGCCCCGGCUUAGCCGAGCAGAGCUGGAAGGGCUGCUGGGUAAGUUCGGACAGGAUUCGCAAAGAAUCGAAGACUCGGUGCUGGUUGGGUGCUCCGACCAGCAGGAAGCAUGGUUUGCUUUGGACCUAGGUCUGAAGAGCACCUCCGCUGGCCAUGCCUCCUUGCCAAAAUCUGAAAUGGAAGCAGAGCUUGGAGGUUCUUUCAUCAAGCUGAGGCAGGCUCUUUUCCAGCUGAACUCAGUGGACUCCUCCUUGCUGUUCACGGCUCAGGCUCUUCUCCGCUGGCAUGACAGUCAUCAGUUCUGCAGCAGAAGUGGGCAGCCCACCCAGAAGAACAUGGCAGGCAGCAAGCGAGUGUGUCCCUCCAAUAAAAUCAUCUAUUAUCCACAGAUGGCGCCCGUAGUGAUCACGCUGGUGUCCGAUGGCGCCCGCUGCCUUCUUGCCCGCCAGAGCUCUUUUCCCAAGGGGUUAUAUUCUGCCCUGGCAGGUUUCUGUGACAUAGGUGAAAGUGUGGAAGAGGCUGUCCAGCGAGAAGUUGCAGAAGAGGUGGGCCUGGAAGUGGAAAACAUACAGUACUCUGCGUCCCAGCACUGGCCCGUUCCCAACAGCUCACUCAUGAUCGCUUGUCAUGCAACCGUGAAACCAGGGCACACAGAGAUUCAGGUGAACUUGAAGGAACUAGAGGCAGCCGCCUGGUUCCGUCUUGAUGAGGUUGUUACAGCCCUGAGGAGAAAGGGCUCCUUGGCUCUGCAGCCGAGUGAGGCUUCCCAACUGUUGCUGCCUCCAAAGUUAGCUGUUGCCCACCACUUGAUUAAGAAGUGGGUGGAGACGCAGAGCUGUUCUUCCCUGGCUGCUUAGCUCAAAUGGAGCCGUCUGCAUCCCUCCUGAGCAUCGCUGCAGGACACUCUGGAGAUGAACCGCGAAGGGAGGUGACAAAGCCUCCCAGGGCAGAGGCUCUCUGAGAAGUUCCACUGCCAAAAGAGGUGCCUUCUAACGCUCCACCAAAAUGCUGGUGUGAACUGGAUAAAGCAGCUUGUACCUGUACUUGUUCAAGCUACAACGGAGGCAGAGGCGAAAGCAUCGCUUUGCCCAGGACAACCGGGAAAACACACCAGACACCGUCACUUAAAAACAAAACAAAAACUGUAAGAAGA